AUGCUGAAGCGGCCAGACAUGCUCUCGGUCCUGGCCCUUGUCCUAGGAGUGGGUGCGGGAGGCACAGCAUCUCCCGGCCUCCCUCUCACAAUUUUCAUGGAGCGGGCCGAUGGCAUCAUGAGAGAUGCGGACCCCCUAGGCUGGUUGACAAACAAUGCGCCUGAUGUGAUGGUGAAAGUCUUUGUGGGCGGCGUCGAGGCGUGGACCUCUACUGUGUCAGCUUUUACGCCAGUGUGGAACGAGCGGCUGUAUCUUCCGGGUCUCCCUGGACGUGACGACCCUGGCGAAUUGCGUUUUGAGGUGUGGGACAUCGACCGCACUAGCCCAAACGAUCUGUUGGGGGUAUCUGCUUUGAGAUGGGCCGACGUUUACCCCAAUGGAUAUUCAGGCUCACUAAUGCUGCAGCCGGGUGAGAGAGAUGCCGAGAAAUUCAAGCGUGGGAGCAAGCUCCAGCUCCAGGUGCGUGUGGGGGGCGAAGAAAACGUGCAGCCUGAUCAAGCUAGGCGGAUUCCUCCGAUGAAACUCGCCCACAGCAGCUUGAGCAGGGUCCACCUACGGGCCAAUGGCCUAACCUUCACCUGCGUCGUUUGUGGUGAGGACACACCCGCUGCAGAGAAGAAGGGCAACGUCCUGUUUCUGCAUGGCUUUCCCUACUUUGCAUACUACGGUGACCACGACCUGACGUCCACGGAGCCCAUUUUCAAGCGACCGCAAGAGGAGCUGUGUGCUUUGGGGUACCAGACAUUGGCUUGCAACCAGCGUGGAUACUCGGAGGGGGCCUCUCCGGAGGGCAUCCAGAAUUACAAGUAUGAGCUCAUCAAGAGUGAUGCCUGGGCAAUGGCUGAGGCGAAGGGCUUUGACACCUUCCACCUCGUAGCGCACGACCACGGUGCUGUGGUGGGGUGGUGGAUGGCCGCGUCCAAGGAAGCUGAAGGGAAGAUCCUCAGCUAUACCGCGCUGUCCAUUCCUCACCUCGUUCCCUUCUCACAGAGCCUCACUGACGAGCGAUCGCAGCAGCGAGUCCAGUCCCAGUACUUCACAGAGUUUGUGACACCAGAAGGCCCCAACGUGCUGUAUGCUAUCCUCGGCUUGCCAGCUUAUUUCGACAAGAUUGAUGGCAAGUCAGGCAGCACCUUCCAGAAGGCUGUUUGGUGGUACAACGGCGCGUUUGGGAAGGGCACGGGCAGCAGUCCUGGCAUCCUCUCCCUUCCGCCAGAGCUGAGCGCCACAGAGAUCAUGGCAGAGGGCAGCGGUGCUGCGCGGAGCGUCUUUGCCAGCUUCCGCUCCGUCCAAGGGGGCAUGAACGGAGAGGCGGGGCCCCUGGCCGCGGCCGAGCCAGCAACGAACCCCAUCGGAAAAGUUGCUGUUCCGACUCUGUUUGCCUGCGGCAAGGAUGAUGCGUUGGUCUUAUGCGAUACAGAGUACACAAGGAGGACACGUGAGUAUGUCACUGCCGAAUACCAAGAGUUGGUCCUGCCCGAGUGUGACCACAACCCUCUUGGGGAGGGACCCGUGAUGUUCGGCAUGGCGCAACCGUGCGCCGAGAAGGCAGUGACGGCCACCGUCGAAGCCAUGAAGCAGCUCAUCCUCAAGGCCACAAGUUCCACAAGCAGGGCCGGCAUCAUUCUCCCAUGA